CGGGCAUGUUAGAGGCGCGAUGUAACGACGAUCUUAAAGGAUGACUCACGAACUACGAGUGACUAUUGACCUCCUUACACAAGCAUUACCUAGACUCCAUACAUCAAUAAGAAUAGAGUGUAAACAAAUAAAACACACGUUAGUGACUAAAAUAAAACGAGUAGCAAACGGAAAGGAGUGCCUCAGGAUACGUGGAGGCUACGUCGCCCAGCCAGUUAGUCCCAACAUGCAGUAGUGAAAGGAUAUGUCGCUGUCUCUCGCUACCACUGCUUGUGAAGUGUGCAUGUGGGUAUGGUUGCCGUGACGUGACAGUACUAUCCACACGCUAGCCUGAAUUCUUGUCUACUCUAUAAAAGAAACAGAAAAAAAUGUCUAAACGUGUGUAAAUCUAUUCGUGACAAGCGUGUGACAACUGUGGAGUGAGGAAACGGGACUUCGAAAAAUUUUGCACAGCUGACAGAAAGCACAACGAUUUCAAGAAUCAUUCUGGGAGGAAGAGCAGUAGCAGGUGCAGCGACCAGCGUGGCUCCACAACAAAGGUGCUACGCUCCUGAGUAACUUCUGAGGCAGUAAGCUAGCAGUGGACGCCGAGUGUCGGGAGUAACGCGCUGCCGGUAAGGCUGAAGCACGCACGCAGCAUUGUUGGUCGGCGGUGACUGAUGACAACACGCAAAUCGCCAAGGACGGCCAUUCAUGUGUUUGGGGAGCAGACAUCCCCUGGGGGGCGGCGGGAGACAUGAGUGAAGUACCGGCCGCCCGUCACUCAGCGGUGGUGGCCAUGCAGACCAGGCAGCAACUCUUCCGCACCAUUUCAGUGGAUGAAUCCAACCCGGGAACGCCCCGGCUCCGGGGUCCCAAGCCUGACAGCAGGUUCCUCGCUCUCGUGAACGCUCUAAAGGCUCGCGAUGUGGCGGAAGUGCGCCAGCUGCUGCGGCGCGGUCAUCCAGUCAACUACAGCGAGCCCGCGAUGGGCAACAAGACGCCACUCAUUUCGGCCGCGGAGUAUGGCUUCGUGGACGGCGUGGUGGAACUGCUCAAUGCAGGAGCCAAUGCCAACGCGGCAGAUGCGGCUGGGGCCACGCCUCUGCACAUGGCGGCCGGCGGCGACUACCUUCCCACGGUACGAGUUCUUAUAAGCCGCGGCGCCCAUGUCAACACCCUGGAUUCCCACGGUAGUACGCCAUUACACUACGCCGCCGGAGCCGACAGUCAAGAGCCCAACAGCAGCUGUUUGGUGGAGGCACUGCUGGCGGCAGGGGCGCGGUGCGGUCUGCGGGACAGAGAGGGUCAACUACCGCUGCAUAAAGCUGCAGGGGCGGGCAGCGCCAGCGUGGUGAGGGUGUUGGCCCGAGAACCAUAUAAAGCUACGGUCAACCUAAAAGACAACGAGGGGCGCACACCGCUACACUGCGCCGUGCAGGGCGGUCGCUCCUUGGACGUGGUGGAGACACUGCUGCAGCUGGAGAGUAUCAUCAACGCCAAGGAUAAGCAGGGACACACACCACUCCACCUGGCAGCGAAGAGACAAGUCAAUUACGUGGACGAAGAUUUUGACGGGGCUUGUCUGGAGCUGCUGUUGGCACACGGGGCAUCGGUGGCCACCACCAACAACGAAGGAUACAAUGCACUCUCGCUGGCUUUACGUCGCACCAUGUGGUGGGGACGGCCCGGCUCCAGAGACCACAUUCUGGACGCCGUGAGGCAGUUGGUCUUCAAGGGCAGCUGUGUGCAGGACGGGUUUGCCAUGUGGCGGAUGGUGGAGAGCUUCCCCUCCCUGGUGCCCAUCGCCCUCAACAGAUCCUUUUCCGCUAACACGUCAGCGAGGGACUCACCUCAUCUUCGUCUUGACUUUGAUUUCAAUCCUCUGCUGGUGAGUGCCCAGCAGCUGCGCCAAACUCAGCGGCAGUCGCCACUGUUGCCCCAGACUGACCUGCCCAAGGCACUGUUACAAGAGAACGAAGUGUCAAUGCUCCAUUAUAUCAUGAAGGCGGGCCGCAAACGGCUUCUCCUACACCCUCUCUGCCAUUCCUUCCUGCACCUGAAAUGGUACAAAGUCCGCAAAUAUUUUUUAGCCAAUGUUAUCUUUUACCUACUCUUCGUGCUCAGCCUCACUGCCUUCCUGCUCUGCUCCCCAAAUUGCCCCAAGGAUGAAAUUCCCAGCAAUGACACAGGCAACGCCACUGCCAACACUACAGCCAGCGCUACUGCCAACACUACAGACAGCGCCACUGCCGCUGCCGGGUCGUCCUGCAGGUUUGAGCGGAGUGAGGCGGGUCUGGUGGGGCUGACGUGGUGGUGCCUGGUGAUAUUCUCGGGGUUGUUGGACUUGCGUGAGAUCAUUCAGAUAUGGCAGAAUCCAGUACUUUAUAUCUUCAAUGUGGGUAACAUCCUGGAUGCAACGCUUGUGUUCUGCGUGCCGCUGCUGCUGCUGCUCACCUCGGAAAACUCCGACUGCUGUCUCAACGUGGAUCAGCAACAGGUCGGAGCGGUGACGGUGGUACUGGCUUGGGUCCGCUUCAUGCUAUUCACGGGCCAGUUCCCGAGCUGUGGCGUCUAUAUCGUCAUGUUCUCCACAGUCGCUCGAAACGUCUUCAAAUUCUUAGCGAUGUAUGUGUUCAUCCUGCUGGCCUGCGCCCUCGGCUUCCACGUGCUGCUGCGGCCCUUCAAGACCUUCGAGAACCCUUACAUAUCCUUCGUCACCUCCUUGGUGAUGAUGACGGGGGAACUGGAUUACACGGACACCUUCCUGGACAGCACGUACAAGGUGCUGUCCAUCGUCAUGCUGGUUGGCUUCAUGCUCUUCGUGUACAUCAUCCUGUCUAACCUGCUGGUGGGUCUCGCUGUCAGCGACAUGUACGCCAUCCAGCAGAGGUCUGAGUUGCUACGACUGACACGCCACGUGGAGCUGAUGGUGCAGGUAGAGAACUUAUUUCGGAGUCGUCUGGUGCCAAACGCCCUCCAAAGGCUGCUGCUGCGGAGCAUCACGGUAAUCGACGCGGAGCAGCGUCCCACAGUCUCCGUCUACCCAAACUCAAGUCAUGGCUUGAUAGACAGCCUCUUUCUCUUCCUCUCCAGAACACUGGGGGGACGCCGCCUGCUCAUCAAGAUUUUUGAAAUGUUUAUUUCGGGCUUCAUUGAUCCGGAGGAGGAGCCAUCGUUGCCUCCACAACUCAUCACCUCAGUGCUCGACGUGGCUCUGCGGGAACACGAACUCGAUAAGCGGGAGCGAUUGUUGCAUCUGAGGAGCCUCCAACUGGGCGUGGCUAACCACCGUCCAGGGCCGUCUCCUUCAGCUCCUUCCAGCCACUUAGUUACUGGUCGUGCCUCAGUGCGGCCCGCGGCUGUGGCUGGGCGUGCCUCGUGGCGGUGGACCUUGAUGAGUGAGACUGACGGUGACGACGACCCUCCUGACUUCCUUCACCCUGCCAGCGCUACGCAGCCGCCCUGCAACCCGCUCUGGUCCGCCCCGUCACGAGCAAUGCUGCUAGACCCUAACGUACGCCUGGAGGAAAUUAAGAUUCUGUUGAUGCAACUGCAGACGAGAAUGGACGAAGUAAGUCGGCAAGCGCAGGAUCAAGCCACACAUUCCUCCCAGCGAAACCUUGACAUUCCUACCGCUGCGCAGUCCCUUGAGACGGUGAACGAGGUCAUUGUGUAAUUUAUUUUAGCCGCGUCGCCGCCGGCGUGGUUGGUAGCAUCUUCGUGUUAUUCUAGAACGACGCUCAGUUGUACUGGAUCCGAGGUAGCUUUGAACGUCAGUCCAUUAGGGAAUAUCAACUUAUCCUACCUUGAAUCCCGCACACCCUUCCUUCACUUCUCUCACAUACAGCACAGACUCCAUGACCACCUUACGUUCUCUAAAUCAUCGUGCCAACCACUGAUAAAGUUUAACAAAGCGGCAAUGGGAGAGAGUGCCAAGCUUUCCAUGUCAUAAGUCAAAACUUCUUUGAGGACCAACAACGAAUGUUGGUGUGCAGGAGUGAUGGCGAAGGGAGCGGAGUGGCGAGGGCGUGUUGGGUCUUCCUGCACUGGGCGGCGGCAAGUUGUGGUGCCCAUGGAUUGAUGACCUUGCUUACCUGGACUUAUGUGACGGAGGAAAACCAGUGAUAUGUAUAUAUAUGGACGUGUGUGUGUGUGUGUGUGUGUGUGUGUGUGUGUGUGUGUGUGUGUGUGUGUACAGUACAAAGAGUGUAUAUAGUGUUUCCAUCUCCGGGUUGUCAGCUGUUUCCAUCGCAACAGGAGUACUUCAA